UCCUGGACCUCCAAGAUGAUCCUGACGCUGUUGCUCGGUCUCGGGGCCUUCCCAGGCUGGGGGCUGCUGGGGACCUGGGCCCAGGACCCCAGUACCCACUUCUCUGAGUCACUCAGCCCCCCACUGUCCCCUGAGGUCUGGAGGGCAGAGGCUGAGGACAGCGGGGACCCCGUCAGACGUAACUUGUGUCCCUACCAGAUGUCCAGGCUGGUGACCUUUGUGGCCGCUUGCAAAACGGAGAAAUUCUUCGUCCACUCACAGCAACCGUGCCCACAGGGGGCACCAGACUGCCAGAAGGUCAAAGUCAUGUACCGAGUGGCCCAGAAGCCAGUGUACCAGGUCAAGCAGAAGGUCCUGGCCUCCGUGGCCUGGCGGUGCUGCCCAGGCUUUGCCGGUCCUGACUGCCAGCUCCACGAUCCCAUGGCAACCCCUGAGCCCGCCGAUCCAGGUGAUGACUUGCAGGAGCCUUGGGACAGGCCUGUCAGCUUUGAACCCGAGCGCCAGGCCCCAUGGUGGAGCACUGCCCCGGGAGAUGUGCAGAAUGACUUGGACCAGGAGGAUGACUUCCCCCCUGCCGCGUGGGAGGCCCUGGCGGACAACCUCACAGCUGUGGUGACAGAGAUCAACCAGACUGAAGCCAACCAGACGGCCUUUGGGCUUCCCGAGAGACCCCUGGAGCAAGCGCUGCUACUGCACGUGGACUCCUUCCUGCGCCAGCACUUCGGGCCCCUGUGGAGAAGUUUCAACCAGAGCCUGCACAGCCUCUCCGAGGCCGUCCGAAACGUGUCCCGCGAGCUGGACGCCCACCAGCAGGCCCUCGGGCAGCUUCAGGCGGGCACCGUGGCCAAGGCUGACCUUCAGGAGCUGGGUGCCAAAUUCGAGACCAAGAUCCAGGAGACGGCCCAGAAGAUGGACCAGCUGCAGGAGGACGUGGAGGACCGGCUGCACGCUCAGCACCUUUCCGUGCAGAUGUCCCUCUCGGAGGUGGAGAACGACGUGGACGCCAAGUUCAAGAAGCUCCUAAAGGCCCAGGAGUCCGAGGGCAGUUUGCUGCUGGCGGCGGCGGCGGCAGCGGGGGCCCGGCCGGAACCCGAGAGCCUGCAAGCCAGGCUGGGCCAGCUGCAGAGGAACCUCUCGGCGCUGCUGGUGGCCACCGGUCAGAGGGAACAGGAGCUGCGCGUCACGCUGGCGGACAUGGCAGCCACCCUGGCCCAGCACCGGGACGAGAUCAAGGAGCUGUACAACGAGUCGGACGAGACGUUCGAUCAGAUCAGCAGGGUGGAGCGGCUGGUGGAGGAGCUGCAGGUGAACCACACGGCGCUGCGCGAGCUGCGCAUCAUCCUCAUGGAGAAGUCCCUGAUCCUGGAGGAGAACAAGGCGGAGCUGGAGCGCCAGAUCCUGGAGCUCAACCUCACCCUGCAGCAGGUGCAGGGCGGCCACACGGACCUCAUCAAGUACGUGAAGGGCUGCAACUGCCAGAAGCUCGACUUGGACGCCGAAGGCAUCCCCAGGGACACCCCACGGGCCCUGGAGGAGGAGGAGGAGGAGGAGGAGGAGGAGGAGGAGGAGGAGGAGGAGGAGACCCGCGUGCACCAGGGCGCGCGGCGCCCGCAGGACGGCUCCUCGCUGCGGGCCCUGCGCGGCGCCCUGGACGCCCUGUCGCUGGCCGUGGACGCGCAGCGGGACGACAGCUCGCGCGCGCAGGUCGACCUGGCGCGGCUCCGGAGCGAGCUGCAGGCGCUGGGCCGCGAGGUGAGCGCGCUGCAGGCCACCGAGGGCGCCGUGCGCCGGGAGAUCGGCCUGCUGCACAGCUCCUUCGCGGCCCUGCUGGACGACGCGCUGCGCCACGAGGCCGUGCUGGCCGCGCUCUUCGGGGAGGAGGUGAUGGAGGCGAUGAACGACGAGGCGCCCGGCCCGCUGCCGCUGGGCUACGAGCAGAUCCGCGUGGGCCUGCAGGAAGCGGCCAGCGGGCUGCAAGAGCAGGCGAUCGGCUGGGACGUGCUGGCGGCGCGGGUGACGGCCCUGGAGGAGCAGGCUGCGGGGGACGGGGUGGGCAGGGCGCGGCCCCUGCUGCCCACGGCGCACCUGGAGCCCAGCCACGACGCGUCGCCCGAGGAGGCCAGCGGGACGGACCUGGCGGGGCUGGCGCAGGAGCUGCAGCGUCUGAGCACCGACGUGAAGCGCGUGGGCCUGUGCUGCGAGGCCGCCGGCGCCGCCGCCACCAACAGCUCCCUCGAGGGGCUCCGCCAGGCUCUGUCCACCGCCGAGCGCGGUUGGGAGCAGCACCAGAUGCUGUUCCGCAGCCUCUUUGGUAACUUCCAAGGGCUUCUGGACGCCAAUGUCAGCCUGGACCUGGGGAAACUGCAGGCCAUGCUGAACAGGAAAGGGAAGAAGCAGAAGAAAGGCUUGGAAGCUCCCAGGAGGAGGGACAGGAGAGAAGCCGACCCUUGGGCGGACGAGCAGGGCCUCCGGCCCGUGCUGGACACGCUGGGAGCAAAGCUCCGGGCGGCAGGCUCCCCUGUGGCCUUCUACUCCAGUUUUUCGAAGGGAACAACUGCUCUAGAGACGGUGAAGUUCAACACCACUUACCUCAACAUCGGCAGCGGCUACUUUCCUGACACCGGCUACUUCCAAGCUCCCGAGCGCGGGGUCUACCUGUUUGCAGUGAGCCUUGAAUUUGGCGCCGGGCCAGGCGCUGGGCAGCUGGUAUUCGGAGGUCACCACCGGACCCCUGUUCACAGCCUGGGGGGCAACACGGUGACGACCUUUGCUCUGGCGGAGCUGCAGAAGGGAGAGAGAGUGUGGUUCGAGCUCACCCGGGGAUCCAUCGUAAAGAAAAACCCUUCGAGCACUGCCUUUGGGGGCUUUCUGAUGUUCCAGACCUGAGUGCUGGGAUAGCUCUGUGAGCCGGUGAGGACUUGCCCGGUUUGCUUGGCGGGGGGCUCCGGGUAGGCUUGGUCUGAUGACCAUCCAGCAGCCAAGCUCCUCCCUGGACACCUGUGUAGGCACGGCUGUGUGGCCUUCCUCUAGAACGCUGGGUCUGGAGCACUCUUGAUGAUGAGAAGUUCCCAAGCGCGUCUCCUGGGCGGGAUUUGGUCUAAGGGACCUGUGAGCCUUUGGAGGCGGCAGGGACUGGACUCAGCCCUCCACUCAGCUGUGGCACAGACUGUAGGUUCGCUCCUUCUGCAAAUGGAACUCCCUUACAGCACUGAAAACCUUCCCCCCACGUCCUCUUUUUCCUACUCUUAGGUUCAGAAAUCAUAUUCCCCCCGCCCCCCCGAAGGUGUAUAUUUAAAAUAGAGCUAACCAGGCUCCAAGGCCUGCAGAAUAAUAGGAAAAAAAAUCAAUCUCUUUGAUUUCAUUCAUGAGAUAGAGAAAUCAAUCUCUGGGUGAGCUAACCAAGAGAAACAAAACCAGCUAUCUUUUUAGUUUCAAUCCGUUACUAACUUCCGUUUCUUUUUUUCUCCUUGCCUAGUGAGGGUAGGGUAAAGGCUCAGACACAAGCACCGUGGGGAUAGCCAUUCCCAUUUUGGCCUUCUGCAGGAGCACCACGAUUAUUAUUUAGCAUCUCUAACCAGGAAGGGAACUGAGGGACGAAGGAACUGAAGACUGUAAAAGAAAAAAAAAUCUCCCUCAAUAAUGGUCAAUUUUUGAAUAAAGCGAUGCCCUUCAAAUCUCUGUUGGUUUGCUUAUGGAGAGCAAAAAAGUUUGGGAAAAGUGGUAAAAUGUGG